AUGAUGCUCAACGGUCUGGUCGCCCAUAUGAAAUUAAAACGGGCAAUGUUAAGGCCAUUGUUGAUCAAAAUCCCACCCAAUCAGGUUCAAAGGAAUCGGUACGCUUAUAAUGCAAUACUUACCCAUCGUUCCUACAAGAUCUUCCUUAUACCUGAAGGAGUAUCCUGGUACGCUGACAACACAAAGGAACGCCCGUUUCCUCCGCAUCCGGCGCAGGUCCUCCAGUACUUAGUAUGGGCUGCCAAGGAGGAUCCUGUCCAGAAUCUAAAAUUAGAAACCCGAAAGCAUGUGCCGAAGAACAAGAGGACAUGGACCGACGCACUACCGUUUUCGGAGCUUCCGACCUCUAGGCUUCAUCGGGAAUAG